GUUUUUUCCUUGUACUGGCCAUCUAAAGUAACUUGUUUUGUUUAUUUAUUGAUUUCCUUGUUAUUAUUAUUUACCUCAAUACUUUUCUUUAUGGCUGUCAGAGGUGAACUCGGAGCUAACGCCGUCGACUAGCAUAGCAAUUGCAUUCACUCACCGGAAGCUCCUCAACACCUGCUGCCGUGGCACGAGCGCACUCGAAAGUGUUCUCUCACAGUUUUCUCUGACUUGUAGUGACUUGCCAACAUCAGGUGAAUGGACUCUCCGCCUGAACCGCAUCUUGGACGCCUCCUUGGUGACGUACUACAGACAAGUCCAACUGGUUGUAGGACCCUGGCAUGACCCAGAUGACCUGGCAAGACCCAAUGCUAGGCGACGCCUUGGUUGUCCCUCAGAAGAGCUGGAGGAGUUUUCUUGUGCAAGAGGUCCUCAUGGAUUCCACCACCGCCACAGCAGAAUUAGGGUGGACCAUCCACCCAUCACAGGGGUGGGAGGAAGUAAGUGGCUACGACGAAAACAUGAGCACCAUCCGAACGUACCAAGUCUGCAAUGUCUUCGAUAACAGCCAGAACAACUGGAUCCGUACCAAGUACAUCCGCCGGCGGGGGGCUCAGCGGAUCCAUGUCCAGAUGAAGUUCUCCGUACGCAACUGCAACUCCAUACCAAAUGUCCCUGGCUCUUGCAAGGAGACCUUUAACUUGUACUACUAUGAGUCGGACUCGGACACAGCCACUAAAACCUUCCCUGCGUGGAUGGAGAAUCCCUGGGUGAAGGUGGACACCAUCGCAGCUGAUGAAAGCUUCUCACAAGUCGACCUCGGGGGCCGCAUCAUGAAAAUUAACAUUGAAGUCAGAAGCUUUGGACCUGUUUCUCGCAAUGGGUUCUACCUGGCUUUCCAGGAUUAUGGCGCAUGCAUGUCCCUCAUAGCUGUGCGGGUUUUCUACAGGAAGUGCCCCAGUGUCAUUCAGAAUGGCGCCGUCUUCCCUGAAACUCUCUCCGGAGCUGAAAGCACCUCUUUGGUAGCGGCCAGAGGAGUGUGUGUUCCCAACGGUGAGGAGGUGGAUGUGCCGAUCAAGCUGUACUGUAACGGGGACGGAGAGUGGAUGGUUCCCAUCGGGCGCUGCAUGUGCAAAGCUGGGCACGAGGCGGUUAACAAUGGCACCGUCUGCCGAGCUUGUGUAUCAGGCUUUUUUAAGGCUACGCAGGGAGAUCAUAGAUGUUUGCAGUGUCCCAUCAACAGCAGGACCACCAGCGAAGGAGCAACUAGCUGCAUCUGUCGCAGCGGCUAUUACCGCACAGACUCCGACCCUCCUCAGAUGCCAUGCACCACUGUCCCCUCUGCACCCCAAAAUGUCCUGUCUAUCGUGAACGAGACCAGUCUGAAGCUGGAAUGGAACCCGCCCCAGGAGAGUGGCGGCCGUGAAGACGUGGUCUAUAACAUCAUCUGUAAGAGCUGUGGCAGUGGGCGGAGCAGCUGCACCCGCUGUGGGGACAAUGUGCAGUUCGUCCCUCGUCAGCUGGGCCUGACAAGCGCCGGGGUCCACAUCAGUGACCUCCUUGCUCACACCCAGUACACCUUUGAAAUCCAAGCCGUGAACGGAGUGUCCGAUCAGAGUCCGUACUCGCCGCAGUACACGUCUGUGAACAUCACCACCAAUCAGGCGGGUAAGUUGGACUUCAAACACGUGCCAACUCUGACCAUGUCUUAUCUUAGCCUGCUCCUCUCUUUGUCCACAGCUCCAUCAGCAGUGUCCAUCAUCCACCAGAUCAGCAAGAGCCCAAACAGUAUCACUCUGUCUUGGUCACAACCAGAUCAGCCAAAUGGGGUCAUUCUGGAUUAUGAGCUCCAAUACUACGAGAAGAAUCAAGCAGAAUGGAACGCUACGUUCAUCAGGAGCCAAACGAACACAGCAGUCAUACGAGGUCUGAAGCCUGCAACGAUCUACGCCUUCCAGGUCCGCGCUCGGACUGUUGCUGGCUUUGGACGGUUCAGCGGGAAGAUGUACUUCCGCACCAUGACUGAAGAGGAGUACAACUCCAGUAUUCAGGAGAAGCUUCCACUCAUCAUCGGCUCAGCUGCAGCGGGCUUUGUAUUUAUCAUCGCGAUCACUGUGGUCAUAAUUGUCUGCCGCAGCAGGCGGAGCUCAGACAGAACCGAGUCAGAGUACACAGACAAGCUGCAGCACUACACUAGUGGUCACAUGUCGCCGGGAAUGAAGAUCUACAUUGACCCCUUCACCUACGAAGACCCCAAUGAAGCCGUGAGGGAGUUCGCCAAGGAGAUAGACAUUUCUUGUGUCAAGAUUGAACAAGUCAUCGGUGCAGGUGAAUUUGGGGAGGUGUGCAGUGGAAACCUACGGCAGCCCGGCAAGCGGGAGAUUCUGGUGGCAAUUAAGACCCUCAAGGCCGGCUACACCGACCGCCAGAGGAGGGACUUCCUCAGUGAAGCGUCCAUCAUGGGCCAGUUUGACCAUCCCAACAUCAUCCAUCUGGAGGGCGUGGUCACCAAGAGCAGCCCGGUGAUGAUCAUCACCGAAUUCAUGGAGAAUGGAUCCCUGGACUCUUUCCUCAGGCAAAACGACGGGCAGUUCACGGUGAUUCAGCUGGUCGGGAUGCUGCGUGGCAUUGCAGCGGGAAUGAAGUACCUGAACGACAUGAACUACGUCCACCGGGACCUGGCGGCCCGGAACAUCCUGGUCAACAGCAACCUGGUGUGCAAAGUCUCUGACUUUGGUCUGUCACGCUUCCUAGAAGACGACACGUCCGACCCCACGUACACAAGCGCACUGGGAGGGAAAAUUCCCAUUCGAUGGACAGCACCGGAAGCCAUACAGUACAGGAAGUUCACCUCAUCCAGCGACUGCUGGAGCUAUGGAAUCGUCAUGUGGGAGGUGAUGUCGUACGGCGAGAGGCCCUACUGGGACAUGAGCAAUCAGGAUGUCAUCAAUGCCAUAGAGCAGGAUUACAGGUUACCUCCUCCCAUGGACUGCCCCAGCGCGCUGCAUCAGCUGAUGCUGGACUGCUGGCAGAAAGACCGCAACAACCGGCCCAAGUUCAGCCAGAUAGUCAGCACCCUCGACAAGAUGAUCCGGAACCCCAACAGUCUGAAAGCCACCACACCACUGUCAUCAAGUGUCCACUUAGCUCUGCUGGAUCGCAGCACGCCAGACUUCUCCUCCUUCACCACCGUGGACGAGUGGCUGGAUGCCAUCAAGAUGGGCCAGUACAAGGAGAACUUUGCCAAUGAGGGCUACACCACCUUUGACCUGGUGUCUCAGAUGAGCAUGGAGGACAUCCUGAGAGUGGGGGUGACACUCGCAGGCCACCAGAAGAAGAUCCUCAACAGCAUCCAAUCCAUGAGGGCCCAGAUGAACCAGAUCACUUCAGUGGAGGUGUGACGUGUCGCUCUGUGAAUUGUGGGGAACUUUCCAGCCACUUGUCUCCGGCGCUGCUGAUGACUCCAACCUCAGACUCCCCCGCCCUCCACAGUCCCUUCCAGAAGGUUCCGUCAGCCUGCGGCACAGAAUCUCUGUUCUGGUUUGAGCAUGAUGACGUGGCCACACCAGCAGAGUCCUGGACUUCCAUGACAAUCGGCAUCACUGAUGCAAACAAACAGGUUCCAUUAGCAGUUACAAUCACCUCCUUGCUGUUCACUGUUUCUCCAGCCAUUGUUCACUCACCGUCUGCUUAGAACCGGCCUCGCAUCACGCUGGCAGCACGGUGGAGAUGGGAGAUGUUUUCUCACGCCACACAGGCACUUUAUGUGAAGAUGCACAAAGAAGCUGGGUUUUAUUGGGCCGUGCAAAAGACCUUUCUGCUCACCGACCACUCAUCAGGUGUGAAAAAGAAGCCCAGAAUGUGCAGCGGGAACAAUCGCGACUCUUGAGCUGAUCCGUGAAUUCCUUGUUUCACACUCCCAAGAAUGAAGUACCUGCGUGUCCAUCACUGUGAUCCUGGUGUGUGCAGUUUGAGUUACGAUGCCACACACUGUUGCACAUGUUUAUAAAGGGAAAUAUACUUAAGUCUGUGUGAAAUACUGCUUCCUCAAAACACAAGCCAAACACUGUGAUAUUUCAGGAAUACCUUCAUCGUUCCACCAUGAACCUUGACAUAUUUAAGCCUGUCAGUACAUAUAUAAUCCAGCACUAUAAUCAGGACAUGCUUUUUUAUAUUUUUUAUGUAGCUACUUUUCAAGGGAACUUUGUUUCUUUCAUUCAGGUGUUCACUCGGUGUUGUACUUUGACUCUGGCAGGAGGGAACCCCGGGCCUUGACACUGUUAGUUUCUCACUCCUCCUGUGAGAGGGAAAGGUCAACAUGACGCAGGUGAAGUGCUAUUGUGACAAAGCAAGUCCCACUGUUGCUUAAAGGGAUUUCAGCCGCAGGAACACCAGAUUCAGCCAGAUUGAUUGACCAGCAUUUUGUGUCACGGAAAUGUAACCCAGUCGAGAGCCGAUUUAUUGACGUGUAAAGUGGUAUUUCAUCAUCAUGUUCAGGGGAUUGACAAUCAUUUUUGUAUGUCACGCGGUUUGUGGGGUUUGUGUCAUCGUGUUUUCUAACCUCUCGUCCCCCCAGAGAUGAGAGGUGAUGUUCUGUGGACUCUGAGAUGAUCAAACAGCAACGACGUGCCUGUUGCAAUACACCUGGGCAGAGAGGUGUUGAGGACAGGGAGUUUAACUUUGGUCCAUCGACAGAGGGAGCUGGGGGGGGGGCGCUGGUGCAAGCCAACUGGAUGCAGUGACUCCUACCUUUUCUGUACAUAACUGACACAAAAUGUCACACCAGAGCGGGAAAACAGUUCCUCAAGAUUGUGCACACAUUGUGUUUCAUAUUGACUCAGCCUCGGCAGCUGAUGUGGAUAUUUAAAAAAAACAGAUGAGGUGUUGUUGUGAGUCCCCGACACGCCAUAUUAUUUCACAUACGUGUUACCAUGUCCGAUCACUUGCCUCCGUCUCCUCUCCGUCCUUCUGUCGUGGCAUUCACCCAUUUUAUCACGCCGCACUGUUUCAGUCAAGGCAUCAAAGUUCUGAGGUCAAACUCACGUCCAUCAUACAAAAGAGUCGUUUUAUUUUUCUAAAUAGGUGUUGAAUCCGGAACAAAGAUGCUGAAGUUACAGUCCAAACGUUCCUAGAGAAAAUCCUCGCUCUGAAUUUGAGCUCCCUUUCACUGUCAUCCUAACCACAGGGGGCCACUGAGUGUAAAAUAUAUUUGGACCUGGACCACCGCGGUCACCCACUGCCAAACACCUCCGUCCUUAGCACUGUGACGUUAACUGUUUCUUUUUUAAAUCUAUUUUAUGUUUCUUUUCUGUAUAAAUGUAUAUUCGAUGGGAUAGUUGUGAUAGAUGUAUCGAUUUCAAUUAUUUGUAAUACUGUUUUUGGUUUAUUUUGGAGAAGAAAUGAAAGUUUUGUAGCAACUGUCUUCAAUAAAACACAAUUGUAAAACAU